UUUACUAAUGUAGUAAAAGCUCUCUUCAUUUCAUUUGCUAUCAGAAAAAAAUAAUAUUCCAAAGACCUUAAAAUGGAAAGAUUUGAUUCAGAAAAAAAGUUGAAUAUCUCUGCAUCAGAUCAUUAUUACUUCAACUCUCUCACUCUCUUGCCCUUGUUCUUGUCUUUUACAUAUACUCACUCCUUUUUCUGUGUUCUGUUUUCUCACUCACUUUCUCUCCAACCAAACAGACAGAGAUCCCAGCAUGAAUUUCAAAAGAAGGUCUUCGAAAAUGGAGAAACUGGGCAACUUUCCAAAUCUUGAAGAAGUUGAUGAUGAUGGUCCUGAGUUCUUCAAAGUUUUCAUGCCCACAUUUAGUUCUAAGAGCAUGUGGAUACCACCAGCCUUUGUUGGAAAAUUCAUGAAAAGAAUUCCAAGAGUAGUGAAUGUAAGAGAUGAGAAUGGCAAGUGUUGGUCAAUAGGGGUAAGAAAAACCAAAGAAAAAGUCUACUUUAUUAGUAGACAAUGGCAAGUGUUUGUGAAAGAGCACAAGCUUGAACUUGGAGACUUCUUGUUGUUCAAAUACACUUCAAACUACAAUAAUAAUGCCUCUUUUCAAGUCAAAAUCUAUGCCAAAAAUGGAUGCAAGAAGGAACAUAAACCACUUCAUCAUCAUCAUAAUUCUACUACUCCUGCAAAUCUUCAAAUAAUCCCUGUUCACCAACCUGGUUCAUUUUCUGAGUACAAUGAAGAUACUAAACCUACUGAUGAAGAACUUGAAAGGGUUGGAGAAAAUUAUUCAAAUGGAGAUGAUGAUGAUGAUGAUGAUGUACAACAUGGUACAACUCGUAACCGUCACUUUUUGACUACUCUUUCAAGGAAAAGCCUACAAAAAGUGAGAAUUCCUCGUGCUGCGCUGAGUGGGAUAAGGCUAGAGAAGGAAAUAGUGCUUCGUUGUCAAAACAAUGAGUUGUGGAGAGUUGGAACAACGUUUGAUAAGGAUGGUCAAGCUUUUAUAUGGAGAAAAUGGAGUGAGUUUCGAAAGGGAAAGAAUCUGAGGAACAAUGACAAGUGUUUGUUUGAAAUGAUCAUCUUUGACCAAUCCAACACUUGCAAGGAAAUGAAAGUUUUUGUCAUCCCUGGCUGCUGAUUCUCAUGCUCUUGUUGCCUCUGCCUAAUUUAUUACUUUAAUUACUUAUAAGAACUCACCAUUGUUAAUCAUCCAUGAUUAAUGGCUCUCUUUUGCUAUGUUUAACUAGUGUGUGUAAACAAAUUAUUAUUAUUAUUAAUCC